GGCCAGGGCCGCUGCCGGGUGCUGGAGGCGCCAUUGGAGCCGGCUUGCCUUGAGAGCUCCGGUGAGGAGCUGGAGGUUGGACGGCAGUUUCCACCGCGUCCGUUCCUGGUCCCUGGCCGGUUGGCGGCAUGGCGUGUGGGGCGACGUUGAAGCGGCCCAUGGAGUUCGAGGCGGCGCUGCUGAGCCCGGGUUCCCCGAAGCGGCGGCGCUGCGCCCCUCUGCCCGGCCCCACUCCGGGCCUCAGGCCCCCGGACGUCGAGCCGACGCCGCUUCAGAUGCAGACCCCACCGCCGACCCUGCAGCAGCCGGUACCGCCUGGCAGUGAACGGCGCUUUCCAACUCCGGAACAAAUUUUUCAGAACAUAAAACAAGAAUAUAGUCGUUAUCAGAGGUGGAGACAUUUAGAAGUUGUUCUUAAUCAAAAUGAAGCUUGUACUUCAGAAAGUCAGCCUCACUCCUCAGCACUCACAGCACCUAGUUCUCCAGGUUCCUCCUGGAUGAAGAAGGACCAGCCCACCUUUACUCUCCGACAAGUUGGAAUAAUAUGUGAACGUCUCUUAAAAGACUAUGAAGAUAAAAUUCGGGAGGAGUAUGAGCAAAUCCUCAAUACCAAACUAGCAGAACAAUAUGAAUCUUUUGUGAAAUUCACACAUGAUCAGAUUAUGCGACGAUAUGGGACAAGGCCCACGAGCUACGUGUCCUGAAGCUUUCUUGCAUAUCUGGGUACCAGGUUUGACCUCAAGAGAUGGCUGCUGUGCACUUUUGCAACUGGUUUGAUAUCACAUUUCAGCUCCAACUUUGCAUCCUGAGAACACUUAAAAAGUUUCUGCAGGUUCAUUUUAUACAACUUGAAAGACCUUAAAACUUUCUGGUUGCCACAAGCAUAUAUUUCUUUUCUGCUCAUCCAAUAAACAGCUGUGCCCUACAGUGAUAGAUUUUCCAAACAAAAUACCUGAAGCAGCAGUUUAGCAAAAUAUGCCCUCAGUGGCACUCAACAAAUGGAGUUUCCCCAAGCACAGUUCUGUAAGAAGUGUGUGUGAGAGUGUGUGUAUAUGUGUGUAUGUGUAUUUUAAGUUAUUUUUUGUAUUGUGCAAAUUACUUUGAUCUUGGGGAUUCUGGCUGUGAAUUUGAUGCACGACAAUUAUGGUUUAAAAACAUUUGCUUGGUCUAUAGAAGAUCAUUAAUGUUUUGUAACCAUAUAAGUUGUAACGGUGGAUUGUUUAUGUGUAGGUAUUACUGUUAAAUACAGGGACUGUUUCCAGGCACAGAAUAUGAAUCAUUCAUUAGGCUGGACAUUAGAUGUAAUUAUGAUGACAUAGCAAAGGUCUGUGGCCCUAGGUCAAUAAAUACACAGUGAGGAAUUCGAAUGAACUGAAGACAGGCUGUUUGAUACAUGGACUUUGCCUAGCCAUGUCAGAUACUUUGACUCCAAGCCUUAAAAUACCCACGUGGAGUCUGUGCUCACCUCAUUCACCCGAAGAGCUCCCUGGACACUGAACCUCUGGAAUAAGUCUCUGCUGGAGCAGCAGGAGCAUCAUCAGGGUUUGCGUGGGAGCAUAGAACAGGUGAGCUCAGGGCUGGGCCAGACCCUGUCGGCACUGCUACUUGGGAAGAGCCACUUCACCUUUGUGUCAGUUAUUACCAAUAGAUUUGAAUCCAUUGGUCAGGUUCUCCCGAAUUCUUUUAAGAGAUGUCCAUGUUCAACUGCUUGAGCUUUGUUUUGGCAACCCCUUGCCUGAAGUUGCUUACAGACUGUUCUUCACCUUGAUUCCAAGGCUGAGGAACAGAAAGUAGCCUCUGUUUUGAGGAGGUGGAAGUUAAGUAUACAUUUAUUUUUUACUGUGACUUGUUCAGGACCACAUUUUACAAAAUGCCUUGUUUCAUUUAUUAUUGUUUUUGGAAAGAAAAGUUCUAUUAAAAUUGUUUUAGUUUGAAUAUAGAAUAGUUUUUUUAAUUACAGCUUAUUUUGAAAAGUUCUGAGUGUAAUUCAAAUGUAUGCCAAUACAAGUAAGGUAAUAUUCAGAGACAGUUCUGAUCAGAUGGCUUAGAGAAAUUUCUGGAGUAUUCACAUUGGAAGUUUCCGUAUCAAUGAAUGUCUUUGACUUAAAUCUAACCAAAAACUGCAAUGUUAUUCUUUGUACAUUUUCAUUAUAUAGUGUUAACAAGCUUAGUUGCAAAUGAAUAAAAUACUUAAGCUAUUUGUUUACCUUGCCUUCUUAAUAUUGUGAUAAUGUUUAUUAAAAUAAUUUAUGUGAGGCUGCUAUAGCCAUUUCCCCACUUCAACAUUACAUUUAAGAGUUACAUAUUUAUGUAUUUAUUUUUGAUGAUUUUAUUUAUUUAUUUUUAGAGAGAGUGGUAAGGGAGGAAGAAAGAAAGGGAAACAUUGAUCGGUUGCCUCGCACAUGUCCCUAAUGGAACCUGGCCCACAGCCCAGACAUGUGCCAUACUGGGUAUCAAACCAUCAACCUUUUGAUGCCCAACACUGAGCCACGCCGGUCAGGACUAUAGGUGUUUUUUUUUUUUUAAGCCCAACAGUGAUCUUUUGAUAAAUAAUUAUUUUACUUCAUAUUUGAAGGGCAAUUUGUUUCAGUUCUUUUACCAGAGUAGUCACUUGUUCCUGGAUGAGGAACGUAACAGUGGCAUUAAUGGGAGUGGCCUAACAGUGUGGGAUAGUCACACCAAAACAUGGGAAGGGCAGCCAACUGUGGGGGCCAUCAGAAAUCCUGAAGGAUGACACCUGGCUGGUGUAGCUCAGUGGAUUGAGUGCGGGCCUGCAAACCAGACAAUUGCAGUUCGAUUCCCAGUCGGGGCACAUGCCGGGGUUGCAGGCCACUUCCCAGCAGGGGACGCACGAAAGGCAACCAUACAUUGAUGUUUCUCUCCCUCUCUCCUUCCCUUCCCCUCUAAAGAUAAAUAAAUAAAGUCUUAAAAAAAAAA